UUUCUUCGGAAAGGAUUUGCACGGACCGAGAGAGAGAGAGAGCGGGAGCCAAGCGUUGGGCGGUGGAGCAAUUCAUGGGCGGCAAAGAAUCACGCUUGCAAUGCACGGCGCGCUUAACGAGCGGGUGCCUGGCAUCGUAUCCAGCAUUUCAGAGACUAUUUCGAGGGGAAGUGCACUCAGUGCCCAUGACCAUGACUCUUGAGCUUGCAGUUCCUCAUGGCCUUGUCUAUGAGCGGGAACCGCUUCUUUCUCUCUACUAACCUCCCCUCUAGCAGCUCAUCUCCGUGACAGGGACAGACGUCAUGGACCAGAUCCGUCACCCAGCGGUCCAGGUGGUCAUCAAUGGCCAUCCGCAGGCCGCAGCUCAUGGCCAUGGAACCGUUAAUGGCACGGGGCAGCGGCAUGUACGGCCUUUGUCAGUCGAUGAAGCGCUGCGGUAUUCCCCGAUGAGCAGUGCUCCCAUCUUUGGUCUAGACUGUAUCCUUCACCCUGAUAUCGGCCGUUCUUCGACCACCGCUGCAGUUGGCCACGACCGCUCUGCCCGCAAUACCCUACAUGACCUCGAUAACGAGACUCGCUCCGGGUCUGGCGAGUCCACUCGACUAGAGACGACACGGGAAUAUCUGCAACAGUUGUUGGAUGGGGACCAGUUGACUGAAUUCAAAUUCAAACUUCCAGCUGGCACAGCAGCCCCGAGUACCCUGUCACCGACUCCCAACACUCAGUCUAUGGGUAUUCAUAGUUUGGGUCCGUUCGCGAGGAUGAUGCUGGAGUCAACGGAUAUAGCGUUUCGGUAUCCUGCCCCUGCGACACCCAGCUCCAAAUCCAAAGAUGGAGAUCGUUCUCAAAAAUCUCUUCUUACACCAGUAUCGGCAUCAAGAGGACCAUCAUCAUUUAACGAGCAAGCCUCCCUUCGCAACAAUACUGCCAGUGUGCUCUGUGCGAAAGAAGGAUCUCCUCUGAAACCCACCGUCGUCGUUCCUCCUCUUCCGCCAUCGUCUCAGCAUACGGAAUACGAGCCGCUUCCCGACGCGAGUCCAUUCAAGAAGAGGAAGUUAGAGACAGAUGUCACAGGUAAUCUCAGAGCGAUACGCCUAAGAGACCAGAAGGAAGAAGCAGAUGCCGCCUUGUUGAAGUUGCAGGAUAUUCUACACGAGAUAUUCGAGGCUGAAGAUCGGCUCGAACCUGAUACAUCAUCUUUGGCUGCGACUCCGGUGUUGAACGCGAUCUUUAAAACAACUAAUUCACUAGAGGUCAAUGGCUUCAUCCUCACCUCCGAGGUACAUAGCCGCCUUCAGAAAGCUAUCCAGAAGGUGGUAAGCUUCGGGAGAUUGCAAGAUAUUCCUUCUGAUUACUUGACUCGGAUCCAGAAACUGUGCGAGGGGCCUAUAAUCUCCGCCCAGGCCCCAGACCUGAAAUUAGAUGAUCCUUCUAAUGAUUCAGAAUCUCAAGAAUGGCUGAAGAAACUCGAAGAUAUGCAAAAUGCACUUUUAGCAAUCAACACACUACUCCAGACCAUGUCCGGAAGUGGGAGUGAAAGGGAUCUGUGCCCAGAAGAACUCGUGCAAGCAAUCCCAGGGGUCUUGAACCAAGUUUUCGAUAACUGCAUCAUCCCUGCCGUCGAGGCGCGGUUGGGCGGUAAAGGCUCACAAUUCUUCGAGUUCUUCUCUACACAGAGACAGAUCAUUGGAAGUCUAACUCACCAAACCAAGAAAGUCUUAGCUUUGUUGGCAAAGUUCCUUUCCAGAGUCGACGUUUCUGAAGGCACUAUCACCGCAACGGAGUUCCUCGCGGCCAAAUUAAUUUUCGUGGAGAAUGCUCACAAUGACAAAGAAUCCGCUGUUGGCCAUCAGAGAUACGAGUCUGUCCGCCGUGGAGCAAUGGACGUCCUCGCUAAGAUAUUCUCGAAGUAUCCUCUUCAGCGUCCAUACAUUCUCGAUGAGAUUCUCGUCUCAUUAGAGAAACUGCCUUCCACCCGUCAAAAUGCGAGACAGUUCAAGCUCAUAGAUGGCAAGAAUAUCCAGUUUCUCACUGCGUUGGUGCUGCAACUCGUGCAAACCACUGCACUAGAAGUCCAUUCGAACAGACCGUCAAAAAGUAAACGCCGACUUCCUGUGAAGCCAGAGAAGGGUAGCGACGACGACGACGAAUUGUUGGGUGACGGUGACGACCAGGAAGACAGUGAGUCCGAUGAAGACUUACCAGCAUCUCGAGCAACGUUCCACCGGCUUGCGAGUCGAGUAGACCGUCUCCAUGACAAUGCGGUUCGCAGUGCGCAGUACAUAGUGAAGUUCAUCGUACAGCGUGCCAUGACCUCGACGAAGACUGGGGACCAGCCGUAUCGAAAUAUUCUGGAUUUGUUCACAGAGGAUCUCAUUAGCGUUCUCGGCUCUACGGACUGGCCCGCCGCGGAAUUAUUGUUGCGUGUGAUGGCCUCUCAUAUGGUUGGUCUCGCUGAUCAUGAUAAGAGCCCUGCGACUGUGAAAAACAUGGCACUUGAAAUAUUGGGCUGGAUGGGAUCCGCGAUCUCGGAUCUCACGGCUGCUGCACAACACUCGAUCUCUUCUAUGGAGGACACCGGUAGUGAACUCACGGAGUAUCUCCGGCAGCUGUUUGACGAACAUUCACGACAUGCAUUACACCCUGAGGACUUAAUUUCCCCAGAGGGCCCCUACCGCAUUGCUCUUGAAUAUCUACAGGACCGUGACUUGGGUGACUGGCAGCUCACAAGUGCUCGUGGCUACUACUUGACUCAAUGGGCCAAGACUGCAUGUCUCACCUACUACGAUUCCAAUAACAAGGACCUGGUCAGUAGAAGCAACGACAGCGAAGAGCUACUGAUCAUUCUGGCCAAAAUGCUGGAGGACCCGGUAUGGCUAGAAACCCAUAGCCACUUCAACAACGUCUCUUCCGCUCAUGGCAAAUUCGCUUACAUUAUCACUGUCUUAAAUAUGGGAUUCUGUAAAGCUUUCGACAUGAUAUUGAAAGUACUACUAAAUUCUAUAACGAGUGACCAAGCCAAGGUACGUAGUCGCAGUCUGAAGAGUGUGAUUGCCAUGCUUGAGAAGGAUCCGAAUCUGCUUGAUAGGGAUGCCUCCGUCAUGCGGGUUAUCCUCAGAUGUGCGACCGAUGCGUCCCCCAUGGUCAGAGAUUCGGCGCUCUCACUCAUUGCAAAAUGUAUAACUCUCAAGCCAGCACUGGAGGAAGAGGGUUGCCGGACCAUUUUAGCUUGCGCCGCAGAUCCAACUCCCGGAGUCAGGAAGCGUUGCAUUGGACUGUUGAAGGACAUUUACCUGAAGACCGCGCGGAAUGAGCUUAAACUUGCAAUGCUGGACAGCCUCCUCCAACGCACUGGAGACGUUGAGGAAGGUGUGGCUCUUCAAGCUCGCCAGACUUUUGAAGAGAUCUGGUUGACUCCUUUCCACAAUUCUAUCGACUCGAUCCAAGACGCGCCGAAGUUGAAAGUUGCAUUGUCAAAGCAGGUCUCUCUCAUAAUCAAUCUGAUCAGGCGGAGUGAAGCUGCUGUGGACAGUCUCGGCUCAUUCCUAAAGAAGAUCUUGUCUGACAGCUGCAAGACUGCGCCUGCGAAUUUCAAAGUAUGCAAGGCAAUGGUCUCGAACAUGUUUGACCGACUUGUUGAUGACGCAGAGCUGUCGGACAAGGAACAUCAGCAAGCUCUAUUGCAAACGAUCACGGUUUUCGCCAAAGCAAAUGCCAAACUUUUCAGCCCUGAUCAGUUGAAAACAUUACACCCGUACAUUGGCCAUCUUGUCACUGCAGAUGACCUCUAUAUCUUCAAAUCUGUCGUCGUGAUCUACCGCUGCGUUUUACCGUAUGUAUCUACGGCCCACAAUACUCUCUUGAAGGAAGUUCAGAAUGACCUCUUCAAGAGUGUCGCGAAACUUGCACGAGUGGAGUUGAACGAGGUCAUGGCGUGUUUGUGGACCAUUAACGGGGUGCUACAGAAUACCGAGCGGUUGGUCAAGCUUACGAUAUCUGUCUUGAAGGGCAUCGAGCAAGCCAAGAAAGUAAACCUUGCCGAGAGCGGCAAGGCAGACGUCUUGGCCCGCGCGAGAAGCUAUGUGCGUAUUGCGGGUUGCGUGGGAAGGUAUUGCGACCUGGAGCAGUAUGCACCGCAUUUUAAGAAUGCUUUUCCAGGUUGGAAGGGAGGUUCGGUCGCUGGUCUGAUGGUGGAUUCCAUAAUUCCUUUCACAUCGCCAAAGCAGCCUGUCGAACUGCGAGUUAUGGCUUUAGAGAGUCUGGGAUCUAUAUGUCAAUCUUGGCCAGCGCAGUUUGGUCGGGAAGAAUCUAGGCGGGUCUUCUCUCAGGUCUUCAAGGAGGAUAACGCCAAUCUGCAGAAUAUUGUGCUGAAGGCCUUUUCCGAGUUCUUUGCCAUCCAUGAAGGCAAGUCAGAGAAAUUGGUACAGCCUUCCACAGGAGACACGGAGAAUACCACUAGGCUAGGAGGCUCUCUCAAGGCAAGCGAUAAUGAUGGAGCAGCGGCAUUGAUUGCCCAACAUUUCCUGCGCGAUAUGCUACGGGUUGCCCAGUCGCGGCAAGAUACUUACUCAUUGACUGCCAUUGAGCUUAUUGCAAGCAUAAACCGUCAAGGUCUUGUUCAUCCGAAAGAGUGCGCAGGUGUCCUCGUUUCCCUGGAGACCUCAACUAUACCAGCGAUCGCUAAAGUUGCUUUCGACACGCACAAAAUGCUCCACCUGCAGUACGAGUCCAUGUUUGAUAGAGAGUAUAUGAGAGCAGUCCAAGAUGCUUUCUAUUACCAGCGUGAUGUUGUGGGUGAUCCUAUGGGAGCUGUGGCACGUCCCUAUGCGGCGAAGCUGGCACCGCUGUUCGACAUCAUCAAGACAAGUAACAGCAAAUAUCAGAAGAAGUUCCUGGCGAACCUCUGCUCCAAAGUUAAUUUCGAACUAAAGGACCUGGAUGUGUCGGGAAACCCGCCCGAACACUUGUUACUCUCGAGGUUCUUGUGUCAGAAUCUGGCUUUCUUCGAGUAUGGACAAUUGGCAGAAUUACUCCCAACCAUCGGCUGCAUGGAGCGCAUCGUAGCUGCCACAGGCACCAUUAUUGGCCACUCGAUCGAGACAGAUAUCUUCCCCACUACGGUGGAACCUCCUCCGCUCCUCCAGGAAGGUUUGGAUAAACCAGUUGACAUGGUGACCUUACCGACGUCGCACUCCAUCAACCCCCAGACCCUGCGGCAAUUGACCACUGCAGCCGCAGCUCUGUCGAUGUUAUGGGAGGCUCGUACUCACCUCCGCCGUCUCUAUGGUAUCAAUUCUCACGUCCGCCAAAAAGAAGGCAAAAAUACCGCCAAAGAAUUGAACAAACCUCCCACGAAGGUCCAUGGGGUGACUGGAGAUAGGUUUUGGGAGGCAAUCACCAAGAACAUGGCGUCCCUGGAUAGUGAAGACAACAUGCUCGCUAAAUGUCGGGAGUUCGCAACUCUCCUCUCGAUUGACGACGAAUUGAAGGUUUCUGCACACGAUGACGCCGAAGGGGACAGCGUUGACGAAGGCAUGGACGUGGAUGAUAUGGGAGCUUCAUUUAUCGCCAACGGGAUGAAGCCAACGAAACGCAAGAACUCCGUUUCGAGUGGUGGCCCACCUAAGAGGCCGAAGGGGAGGAAGAUGAGUGCCGGGAAGAAAAGGUCCAGCACUGAACCCGAGGAUGACGGGUUCUAGGGGUAAAAUAAUGGAGGACCAAGGCGCUUACCAUAGAGGAUGUGGAACACACGAGGACCGGGUAAUGGCGUUCUGGGAGUCAAUAUUAUUUUCUUUUCUUUUGAGCACAUCAUUGGCGCGUGACACCUCUGGGAAGGAUUUCUCUUUUACCAGUGACAUGCUGGAACUGCAUCUGAGGCGCAGGCAGUCGACGGUGGGCGUGUUAAUACCUGGAAUCACCUGCCAUGGUAUCAUGAUUACUGGACAGUUGCAUAUUAGACAACUAGUAUUAUUUGGGCCACUGGCCUCAGUGUCAUCUAUUUAAUUGCUUGCGAAUGUAUAUUCUAGUUUAAUACUUGUGC